AUGAGAAUGGGUACUUAUAUUGUGGAAUAUGAUUAUAUUGCUAAAUCAUCAGAUGAAUUAACAAUACGAAAAGGCGAUAUAAUAACUGAUGCCGUACCAGCUGAAGAUGGAUGGCUUAAAGGGGAAUGUCGUGGAACAUAUGGUCAUUUUCCAGAAAAUUUCGUUACUCCAUUAACAAAAGAAAAAGCUAAAAAUCGAACAUUUGCAAAUGAACUUGGAUCACGAUUACAAUCAGCAGUUAACGCAAAUAAAAGUGGUACAUUAAGAAAACGACCUACAAAUGAUGAUACUCUAUUUCAAUCGAAUAGUUUACCAAAUGGAACAUUAUUUCAAGUUAAAGUUGCUUAUGCUUAUACACCUGUACAUGAUGAUGAAUUAACAAUUAAUCCAAAUGAUAUUGUUAAUGUAACACGUUUGGUUGAAGAAGGUUGGUAUGAAGGUAUUCUUAAUGGUAAAGUUGGUUUAUUUCCAUCAAAUUAUGUUACACGUAUAACUGAUGAAACAAGUAAUAAAAAAGAUCCACCAAUUAAACGUAAACCAAAUAAUGUUCUUAAUGCAUUAGUUAAUAAAGAAAUUAAUAAAUCAAUUUCACCAGCAUCAAUAGAAACAUCAUCAUUAUCACAACAAAAAACUCCAGCUACACCACCAUUAUUAACAACAAAAAAAACAACACCAAUCAAAGCACGUGUUUUAUAUGAUUAUAAAAAAGCUGCUGAUGAUGAAUUAACACUUACAGUUAAUGAUAUUGUUACUAUUCUUGAUAAAAAUCUUGAAGAUGAAGGAUGGUGGAAAGGUGAACUUCAUGGUCGAAUUGGUGUAUUUCCAGAUAAUUAUGUUGAAGAAAUUCUGACAACGACGACACCAUCAAUAAAUUCGAAACAUCGACCAAAUACACCUGAUGCAGGAACAAAAAAUCUUUCUCAAACAUUAUCAAAAACAAAAACAACGAAUGGAGAUUCAUCUCACGGCUUUUCUAAUGAUUCACAUCAUGCAAAGUCAACUUCAAUUAGUGAUGAAGAAGGACAUGGAUCACGCAAUCAUUAUGCAGAAAUUAAUAAUCUUGAUGCUAUUGGUACAACGGAAAAAUUAAGUGGUUUUAAUAAAGCAAGACCUGUAUCAUCAAAACGACCACCAUCAUCGACAAUAAGAAAAAUGGAAAAUGGAUUGAGUAAAACAACAGGUUCAAUUGAUGAAACAAAUCAUAAUAAUCGUCCACAAGUCACUGAAUCUAAGAAUGAACGCAAAGUUCAUACUCCUUCACCUCCAUCAUCUCAACGAGAACCAGGACAAUUAGAAUCGCCACGUUAUACAAAUCGUCCAUCAUCUCUUCAUUCUACAUUAGUAAAUACUAAUCAACAAGGAACAUCUUCACUUAAUAGUACAACAGAAUUAGCUCAAACAGCUACAAAUUCUUCAUAUGUUAAUGCAAAUAUAUUAAAUAAUAAUAGUACAAUAACAAUUGAUCAAUUACAAAAAGAUUUAUUUAAAAUGAAAAUUUUAAUGGAUGAUAUGAAAAUAAAAUUUACCGAUCAAAUUCGUGAUCUUGUUGGUGAAUUAGAUGAAGAAAAGAAGGCACGUGCAACAUUACAAAUUGAACUUGAACGUCUACAAAAACAAAUACAUAAAUCUUCAAUCGUCAAUUAA